UAUUGAGCUGUGUCAUCAGUUCCCUCAUGGUAUCACAGACCAGGUGAUUCAAAAUGAUAUGCCUCACAUGGAAGCCCAGCAGCGAGCCAUGGCAAUCAACAGGCUGCUCUCGAUGGGGCAACUGGACCUUCUCAGGAGCAAUGCAGGUCUCCUGUAUAGAAUCAAAGAGUCUCAAAAUGCAAGUAAAAUGAAAGGCUCUGACAAUCAAGAGAAGCUGGUUUACCAAAUUAUAGAAGAUGCAGGCAACAAAGGUAUUUGGAGCAGGGACAUUAGAUAUAAAAGUAAUUUGCCUUUAACGGAGAUCAACAAGAUACUGAAGAACUUGGAAAGCAAGAAACUAAUUAAAGCAGUUAAAUCUGUGGCAGCCUCCAAGAAGAAGGUGUAUAUGCUGUAUAACCUGCAGCCUGACCGGUCGGUGACUGGUGGGGCUUGGUACAGUGACCAAGACUUUGAGUCUGAAUUUGUGGAGGUGUUAAAUCAACAGUGUUUUAAAUUUCUACAGAGUAAGGCAGAAGCAGCUCGAGAGAGCAAACAGAAUCCUAUGAUACAGAGGAACAGCUCAUUUGCCUCAUCCCAUGAGGUGUGGAAAUACAUCUGUGAACUGGGUAUCAGUAAGGUAGAAUUGUCAAUGGAAGACAUUGAAACCAUUUUAAAUACGCUAAUAUAUGAUGGAAAAGUGGAGAUGACUAUUAUUGCUGCGAAGGAGGGGACGGUAGGCAGUGUGGAUGGACAGAUGAAGUUGUACAGAGCUGUUAGCCCUCUCAUACAACCCACUGGAUUAGUCAGGACGCCAUGUGGACUCUGCCCCGUUUUUGAUGAUUGCCAUGAAGGUGGUGAGAUUUCCCCAUCAAACUGUAUUUAUAUGACAGAGUGGCUGGAGUUUUAAAGUGAAAGAAAACUGUAAACUGGAUUCACGCUUCACAGCCAAAGUGAACAAAGCAGCUUGCUUUUAUAAAAGUGGACUUCUAAGUUUGUGAGCAACUUCAGGACAUGGAGUGACUUUGUUUUUAAUGAAAUAUAAAACAGCAACAUGUCAGUUGCAUGAGCAGCCCAGUGAGUGGACUGGAAAUCGAGUCAGUGCUGGAGAUCAAGGCUGAAGUGGAAAUGUGGAUCCAUUCUUGUACCAAAAAUUGGUUGUGUGACUUGAAAACUACCAUAGAACAGCUGUGUGGUGAUGCAUUGCUUCCAGGGAUUGUGUUGAGUACUCCACAGACGUUUAUUCUGAAUGAGAGAAAAUAAGUCAUUAGCUGAUCAGAAAACUUUCUAAUGACUGUUGCCAAGAAUGAGAUCCCCAACUUUGCUUUCAGGCUAAUGCUACUGGUGGGUGCUUAAGUCUCAAAGCUGACGCUUUUCUCCUGCUGUAGCUACCAUCUAAUUGAAGACUAAGAAUCUGAUGUGGGGAAGAUCCCAAAUAGGUCAAACAGAACUCACUGAUUCUUUAUUAUCUUUCUUACCUGCUAAUUUGUCAUUAAACCCCUGGUUUUUUUUCAUGUACAUCUGUGCUUCAUUUCCUCCAUUGCUGCCACUUGCCUGGUGAUGCAUCUGUUGUAUUUAGUCCGUCAUCUGACAGCUACGAGAUCAUCAUCGAAUGUGUUGAUGUGUUCUGGCAGCUGCAUCAUGUACAUGGAUAUGUUAGCUGAAAUUUUGAGUACAAAUCUUCUGGGAAGAUGUGUUUUACAGAAUAGAAAGAGUUCCUCUGGCCUGAUGGUACAGGGAAGAUUUUUAUAGAUUAUUUGAAUACCCUCAGGGUUGCAAAAGAUGCCAAUGACAGGUUUUUUUGUACAUAAAUAUGGCCUCUGGCCUUAGUUUGUGAUCUAAGAAAGGCAUGAUCCUGGGAUAUCCUGAAAAAGCACGAUCUUCUCUUCCUGUGAUGUGGAGCCAGUUUGUGUUUUUCUUAAGUGUGACCUCUUUGGCUACUCCUCUGACUCUGGACUGAUGAAUUGGCAAUAACAUGUAGACUGUGGUGUUGUCAUAAGCCUCAUGCCCAGGGUAUGCCAGGCCAUGGACCUCUUGAGGGAACUAGACACAGCUCUCUCUGGCUAUCCAUGUCCACCUGGCAGUAUUAGAGGGGUGAUUACUGUCUUUGGAAAAUGUAGGUUCAAAUCCCACUUGGGAAGUAAACAGAUUUUUGUACCAUCUGUGUUAUGCUAAUUAGUUAUUCAACCUCUAUCUUAACCUAUAAUUAAGCAACCUCUAAGAAAAAAAAAAAUUAGUUCCUUUUUGAUAAAUGAGAAUAUUGUGUAUAUAUGGUACAGCCAGCUCUCCACCAUCCAGCGUAACAGAGGGCUGGAGUGAAGCAGGCAGGGUAGCGUGGGCACGUGAACUCUGCAGAGGCAGUCUGGUUCCGGUACAAUUUGCUACCUGUGGCUUAUCCUUGCUGUGUCCAGGCUGGAUCUCUACACAACCACUCAGUAUCUUCAUGAUCGCCUCCCAGCACUGGGGAACAAUUAGCGGGGUCAAGCACAACACUGGACCUGAAAAUCUAGCUAUUUUAAAAAUUCCCUGACUGAAAAUAAGCACUCCUGGACACUGUUGGGAAGGCAAUGGUCAAGCACCUCUACAACUGAGUUACCAGCGUGCCAAGUGAUCUGACCAUGAAUACUAAAUUCUAUGUUAGUGGGCUAACAGAGAGAGAUUUCGGAAGACAGUUUACCUAAUAAGGGUAGGAGACUUCACGUCAGCUGUUUCAAUACUGUCCAGGAGUUUGCGCCUUCUAAAAGCAGUCUGGAUCCCAUAGGAAUGUUCAAAUCUUGCUUGAUUCCUGUUCUUCUACUUGUAGUGUGGGUUGUGGACAGAAGGCUAAUGGUGGUAAGUGCUGUACAAAGAAUAAUAAAAAAAAGUUCUUGUCCAUACAGGGACAGUACAGCUACGGAGGCAAAGAAAGGGUCCUUGUUUGUGAGGAGGCAUGCUGUCUCUGACUGGAGCAAACAACUAGUGCCGAUAAGCUGUCGAUAAGCGAGCAUCCACAGCCGGUCCUUUCUUUUGUUGCAGUGUUGUCUGGAGGUGACAGGGAUGCAUAUCUCUACAGAGGCAGAAGAGCUCUUACAAAAGAGGGGUGGGGGUGAAAUGAUCAGAUGUUUGUUCUUUCUCUGCCCCCUUUAACCACUCAUUCUGCUCACUUUGCUGGAGGGAGCCUUAACCUCAGCUUCAGACAUCUGUUAGGUGGCCGAAGGUAAUUUCAUUGAGGUGUGGGGCUGGGGUUGCCUUUGUCUUCCUACCUUCAAAGAGGACCUAACACAAUAGGGUCCAGAAUCCUGCUGCUGCAGAGAUAACGCAUUGUUUGUGCAGCUAGAAGAUAGCUUUCAGGGAAACAACCCGCCUUUAUCAUGCAGGUAUGUCACUUUAUGCAGCAUGACCAUAUUGAUUGGCAAUAAGAAAAAGGAGAGCGAGCUUGUCAUCGAGCUUGUCAUCGGGUGAACAGCUUUAGGAAGUAGAAAGCUGGUUUAUUAAGCUCUCUAAAUUCUGGCUUGUUUGCAUUGGGUUUAUCUGCAUUAGAUGACCUUUGUGGUCUCUGAAGCUUCUUAGUGUUGCAGCUAUAACAAAACUUCUCAAAUUUGGAAAAAAUUUGCCAAUAGAGAAAAUUAAAGCAAUUUCACUUUCCUGUCUGU